CUCUGGUGAUCACGGGACCCAACAAUACCUUUCAAAAUUAUGUACAAUUUUAGGUUGUCAUGGAAACCAGUUGGACUUCUGGUUCGCUGAAUCUGUGGGGGGUAUGAAUACUUGUGGUCUCCAGGCGAACCUGCUCCUCCACUGGACGCAGCCUGCCGUUCCCCUCCAGUCCGGCAGGUGGCGGUAAUCCUGCCCGCUAAGAGCCAGACUACAGCUCCCAGAGUGCACCGCGGCCGGCAGGCUGUAAACACGUCCAUGAAGGAGGCGCAGCAGGAUGAUCGUUCUUCCAGUGUUUGUGCGGUUCAACCGCGGCCCCGGCGUUGCCGUGGAGCUGAGUGCGGCGGCCCGCGUGGCCGAGCUGAAGGAGAUCGUGGCCAGCCAGCAGGGAGUUCCUGCGCAAGCGCUCCGGGUUCUGUUCGCCGGCAGGGAGCUGCAGAGCUCCGCCUCCCUGCAGGGCUGUGACCUCCCAGAGCAGAGCACGGUCCACGUGGUGCUCCCUCCUCCAGGCUCCCUCCACCUGCCGCCUCCACAAGAACACCUGGCUGCCAGAGGAACAAGUCUGACCCGGCUGGACCUGAGCUCCUCCAGGCUGGCCGCCGCUGUGCAGACCGCCGUUCUGGAUGGAGGAAGAGGAAGAGGAGACGAAGGAGGAGAUGAAGAUCAAAGGACAGAGCAACAGACUGCAGCUCCUAAAGGUGUGUGUAGUACCUUCUUCGUGUACUGUAAGCGCUGCUCAUCUAUCCAGUCAGGGAAACUCCGUGUUCGCUGUCGGCGCUGCAGACAGAUGACACUGACGCUCUGCAGGGAUCCUUCCUGCUGGGAUGAUGUUCUCCUGCCUGGACGGAUUCAUGGCGUCUGUCAGUUUGAAGGUUGCCAUGGCAAUGAGGCGGAGUUCUACAUGAAAUGUGCGUCUCACCCCACAUCAGAAGAUGACGUCUCCGUGGCGCUGGACCUCGUCCUGUCCAACACCAGAAGGGUCCCCUGCAUUGGCUGCACCGACAUCAAGAACGUGGUUCUGGUCUUCCAGUGUUCGGACCGUCAUGUGAUCUGCCUGGACUGCUUCCAGCGCUACUGCCAGACGCGGCUCAAUGAGCGGCAGUUUGUUCACGAUGCUGUGAUUGGGUACUGGAGACGAUCAGAGAUCAAGUCUCUGUUCAGCUGCAUCACUUCCUGUCCAGGUGUUUCCAGGUGUACCAUCUUCAGCUGGGGGUUCAGUUGUAGCAGGUUGCUGGUGCUAACCCCUGUGGUUCUCACUCAGUAUGGCCGUUACCAGCAGUACGGCGCCGAAGAGUGUCUGCUGACCGCCGGCGGCGUGCUGUGCCCCUCGCCUGGCUGUGGGGCGGGGCUUCUCCCACCUGAGGGCAGCAGGAGGCUGGAGUGUGACCGGCGGCUGGGCUGCGGCUUCGUCUUCUGCAGGGACUGCAGGGAGGGCUUCCAUGAGGGGCCCUGUGAGGGCCCUGCGGCCCUGCCCCCAGCAGAUGCCUGCCAGGGCUUCGUGGUGGAGGACGAGGCGUCUCAGAGAGGAAGGUGGGACCAGGCGUCUCUGCAGCUCAUCCAGGAGUCGACCCGGCGCUGCCCACGCUGCCUAGUACCCGUGGAGAGGAACGGCGGCUGCAUGCACAUGCAGUGCACCCAAUGCCGAGCAGAGUGGUGCUGGCUCUGCGGCGCCCCCUGGAACAGGGAGUGCAUGGGGAACCACUGGUUUGGAUAGAUGCUACGGCCAGGCUCCGCCCACCGCCGGCGGGGGGGGCGUGGCUCCGUCCAUCAUCGGUUCAGACUGUGGAAUUGUCCCUGAGUGUAAAUAACAGAAUAAAAUGUGAGAACCGACUCCGUGUCUGAGACGAGUCAGGUGGACGUCCAACAGCGUUCCUCUCGGUUCGGGAUAUUUAUGAAAAAAUACCCAGAGAGGAAAAUACAAGAGAAACAAAGUUGUUUCUCUUGUAUUUUUCUUUACAUGGAAGAAAAUCUGAUCAUAUGUGAUCACAUGAACAAAAUACUUUAUCACAUGUGGAAAAUGGGAACACCAUGUGAAUUACACUGGAUUCUUUUGUAAGGGAAAUUAAUAUUCAUAAAUUUUUAUCUUAAUGUCAGUUGACAUAUUUACCUAUCAAGCUGCAGCAUAGUGCAGCAUUUAUGAUGUUAAAUGUUACAUGUUAAAAUGAGGUGAUCAAUAUUUAAAAUAAAGAGCUGUUAUUCAGAAAACCUAAAGAUAAAACCCAGACAGGAUCAGAGUUUAUUCAACAGAGACAGAAAAAUAGUGCAGAAAGUGAUUUGUAUUGUAGUUGGAAAUUUAUUUACAAUAUAUAAAUAAUAAACUUCCAUCAAAUAACUGGUUCAAUCUUACAUUAAAGGAUCCAGCAUUAGUUAAACAUGUUGCCUAAAUAUGUUGUAAUUUUCCUAUUAACUAAAAUAUUGUUGUUUGUAUUACGGCAAAACUCAUAAUUAAUUAAAAAAUGUUCAUCUUUUGUUAUAUUUUUCAACUAUGGAGGUCGCCAUUUUUGAGCCAUUUAUACCAGCACAACCAGAAGGCUCUAACAGCUGAUCGUUACCUUAACUAGCUAAAAUUAACGCAGUGCUGUAGCUGCGACAGGCAGAGCUGGACGCUCUUUGAGAUGCUAACAGGAGCUAUACUGCCUGGCUACAGACAUCCCCAAUCCGACCAGACCAUGAAGGUCCGGUGUCAGUAGUAAUAAAGUUCGGUGUGGCUGUUAGCACCAUCCGGACACAGCGCUACAGACGCUGGGAAAAACGUGAAAAACAAGCAGCGCCAAUGGAGCUAAUGGAAAUGCUAACGGAGCUAUUAGUACUGGAAAUGCUAAUGGAGCUAUUGCUAAUGGAAAUUGUAACGGAGCUAUUACUAAUGGAAAUGCUAAAGGAGCUAUUACUACUGGAAAUGCUAACGGAGCUAUUACUACUGGAAAUGCUAACGGAGCUAGAACACCAGUA